GGACCCGCAGCCUCCUCGCUCUUCCCACCGGGCAACAGGGAUGGGACAGGCCGCUUGAGCUGAGCCAGCGCCGUUCCCACCCGAGUGCAGCACUCCAGAAUGUUGAGAGGAAUCAGGAAUAGUACACCACACGUGUUUACACUUUCGUUGGCUAGAUCUCAGCACUGCAAACUACUGUUGACUCUCUCAUCCCUGUGGAAUAACGUAAAGGAUGGAAGCUUUUUACAGCAUUCCAGUUAUACAACUGAUAUCAAAUCAAAAGUGGAGAACAAGAGAACUGUGGAGAAUCUCUACAGAUUAUCCGUUGAUAUUAAAAAAAUUCGGAGACUAAAGGAGUGGGUCCUUUUUCAGGAUGCAGCCUACGUUAAAGAAACUGCUAACACUUUACGUGAAAUGGGAGCUGAUAAGACUGCCAUAGCAAAUAUUUUGGAACGUUGCCCAGAGGCAAUCCUCCUUACCCCAGCAGAGAUAAACUCUCAAAGAGAUCUGUGGCAAUCAGUAUGCCAAAAUGAAAAACAACUGGUCAAAUUAAUAGAACAAUUUCCAGAGUCUUUUUUUACCGUUGAACAUCAUGAGAACCAGAAAUCUAAUGUUCAGUUCUUUCAAGAAUUGGGACUGAAGAAUAAUAUAAUCAGCAGGUUCUUCACAAGUGCACCCGAUAUUUUUUACAAGCCUGUUGAGAAAAACAAACAUACAGUAGAGACAUUACAGAGAAUGUAUCUAAAUUUAGGCGGUUCUAAUGCCAAUAUGAAGAUCUGGCUUCUGAAAUUAUUGAGUCAAAACCCAUUUAUUUUGUUAAAUAGCGCCACAGCAGUUCAAGAGAACUUGGAGUUUCUCCAAAAGAAUGAUUUCACUGAUUUUGAAGUUCUGCAGCUGCUAUCCAGGCUUAAAGGUUUUAUUUUUAAUCUUAGCCCUAACACUAUGCAGAAGAGCAUGUUUUUUUCCAAAGAUGUUUUUAAGUGCAGUGAUCAAGAAUUAAAAGAGCUAGUGUUGAAAUGCCCUGCUCUCCUCUACAAUUCUGUUCCAAUUCUGGAAGAAAGACUCAAGGGACUGUUGAAGGAAGAAAUUUCUGUAGAUCAAAUUAAAGAGACACCAAUGGUGCUGGAGCUGACAACCCAAAUUGUGCAGUACAGAAUUAAAAAGUUAGCUGCUUUAGGAUACAAUAUAAAAAAUGGAAAUCUAGAAAAUUUGAACGGAACAAAGAGAGAUUUUGAAGCCGCUUAUUGUAGGAUACAAGCAAAGAGGGAGAGACCAAUGUUUAAUCCUGUUGCUCCUUUAGAUUAAUUUGAAUGCCUUUAAUUUAUUCAAAAAGAGAACUUUAUCCUUCCUUAAGGACUGAAAUAAAAAUAACCUUAGCCAAUUUGUAUUCUGCUGCAUGAAGUUGUGCAGUAGCUGGCUUUAAUUCAUAGCUCACUAGUACUUUUAAAAGUUCUAUUACAAAAAGUGAUCAUAAUAAAAGGUUAGCAGUAUCAUUGCUAUUAUUUACAUAAGGACUAGGUUUUUAGAUUGUAUCCCAAGCACACACUUUUUAAAGAAGUUUCCCCAUCGAACUGGCCACCAACUUACCUAGGUCUUUAGCGAUUGGUGUUGCACUAGCCAGUCUAUGAUAAUGCCGAGAACGAUUACACUAACCAACAAGAAAAGUUAGCAGCGUGAAUUUUCAAUACUAUUCAUCAGGCAGCAGGUAAGUAAAAGACUUUCAAAAAGUCCUUUAGGUAACUGCCACUGCAACAAAGAGGCCACUGGAGGUUGAGCCCAAAUUGAAGCUGGCAGGCUGAUGGGGUGGAAGGAGAUUACAUAGUCCUUGCACAUCCUCUCAGUGGAGACUCUAGCUAUUUACCAUAUUUAUGUACAAUCAUUACUAUAAGAGGGCCCUGUCACCAUCUUAGUGUGGUCUCUCACGGGGUCUUAUCUUCUCCUGACUGACCUUCCUAGUUUUCUCUGUCAGUUGCUGGACCUUCACCUCCAAUUAAGUCCAUCAGCUCUUCACAUUUUGGGUUUGCAGUCUCUUGGCUGUUUUUGUGGAGACAGCCUGGUACUAUUCCACACCUUUCUGCCUCCCUUUCCUUCUCUGUACUCUCCAUUUUCUCUUGUUUUCUCUAUUGGUUGCAGCUGUGGAUGCCUGCUUCCGUGAUUGGCAGUUCUAGCAGCUGCCUGGGGUUGUGAUCAAGCUGCUUGCUUAUA